AUGACUGAAGAAUCAAGUUCGCCGAUUAACGUUCCAUCAUCACCUCUAACUGAUAUCAUAAAUGGGUCCAUUGCAGGUGCAUUAGGUAAAAUAAUAGAGUAUCCAUUUGACACAGUAAAAGUUAGACUUCAAACCCAGGGUUCCCAUAUCUUUCCAACCACAUGGUCAUGUAUCAAAUACACAUACAAGAAUGAAGGUAUCCUAAAGGGGUUCUUUCAAGGUAUCAGUUCCCCUAUAUUUGGUGCUUCCUUGGAGAAUGCCACCUUAUUUGUAUCAUAUAACCAGACAUCGAAGUUCUUGGAAAGAAAAUUCUCGAGUAUGUCAGAAUUAAAUAACAUUUUAAUUUCAGGUGCAGUGGCUGGUUCAUGUGCAAGUUUUGUUUUGACUCCUGUCGAAUUGGUUAAAUGUAGAUUACAAAUUGCAAACCUAAAUAAAAAUGCGACAAAUAAUAUCAAAAACACUAAAAUAUCUGGUACCAUUGUAUCUAUUUUAAAAGAAAGAGGUAUCUUGGGGUUAUGGCAAGGGCAAAGUAGUACUUUUAUCAGAGAAUCAUUUGGUGGUGUAGCAUGGUUUGCCACAUAUGAAUUGAUGAAGAAAUAUUUGAAGGAUAGACAUGGUGGUGAAGAAAAUAAAACAUGGGAAUUAUUGUUUAGUGGUGCUAGUGCUGGUGUUGCUUUCAAUGCAAGUAUAUUUCCAGCUGAUACAGUUAAAUCUGUUAUGCAAACUGAACAUAUUGGCUUGAAAAAUGCAAUUCUGAAAGUUUUCAAAACCAAAGGUAUUCCAGGGUUUUACCGUGGUUUAGGUAUUACAUUAAUUAGAGCUAUACCUGCCAAUGCUACUGUGUUUUACACAUACGAGACACUAUCCAAGAUGGCAUAA